CACAGCAAUCAUUUUUGGAGGCUUCUCAAAGUAGAGGUAAAUUGAAACUAACAGACGGCUGCCGUAAGCGUACUUCCUCUUUCUUUAGACCAUCCAGAAUAUAAAACAUGGUACAAAGUACUUUCAAGCGUCAAGUCGAAGUUGGUCGUGUUGUCCUUCUUAACUACGGUGCUGAUGCCGGUAAGUUGGCUGUCAUUGUCGACAUUGUUGAUCACAACCGUGCUCUCAUCGAUGGUCCUACCACCGGUGUUGCUCGUCAAGCUUAUCCUUUCCGUCGCAUGGUCUUGACUCCUGUUGUCCUCAAGAAGCUUCCUCGUAACGUUGGUCAAACCGCUCUCAAGAAGGCCUUGGAAAAGAAUGAUACUAUUGCCGCUUGGAACAAGACCGCUUGGGCCAAGAAGCUCGAACAACGUAAGGUUCGUGCUAACUUGACUGACUUUGAUCGUUUCAAGUUGGCCAAGCUCAAGAAUCAACGUCGUUUUGCUGUCGCUUCCUCUGUUGCCGCUGCCAAGAAGCAAACUGCUUAAUUCGUUUUAUUCCAUGUAUUCAAUAAAUAAGUCUUUCUCCCUUUUUUUUUAUUACAUAAGAAAGUUA